AAUCAGCAGGGCUCGGCCCUUGAGGGCCGUGAGUUGAAUAGCCCUGAUGUAGAGAAUGGCUUGUGCAUCCUAAAGUUUUGCCAAAGUGAUAAGGUCCGUCAGUAGAAGUUCACCAUCUGCUGGUGCCGAGGCCUUUGGCAUUCCGGUCGUUGAGUCUGACGGGCCCCUUGAGCUGCCUCUGUAAUGACCCUCCAAGCCGCAGGGCCCUUUCCACUUUUCAGUGGGCGUCUGGUCUUACUGCCUGAAGACAAAUGAAGCUGAGCCACAGAAAAGGGAGCAUUGAGCUGAGAGAAGACCUGAUUUCACUGAUGAAUAAGGAAGGACGACUCCCGGAGAUCCGUAUCAGGUACCCAUCCGUCUCUGCCCGCCAUGGACAUCACGAAGGGAAGCCUGGACGAUAUCUCCCGCCCGGCGUCCAGUGAGCGUCCUCGGCCCGGAAGCCGAGUGUCGUUGCGGGAAGGUGUGCGGGUUAACCAGGACACCCCGUACGGUUUGGCGGUCCUAAGCCCCGACAGCGCUGGGACGGAAACUCCUAAUUAUGGCCAAAAGGGGGCACCAGACAAUGAGUUCCCGGUUUCCUCUGAAGAUCAAGCAUGGUUAGAUGGCAUGGACCUUUUUCAUGGAGAAGAAGAUGAAGGAAGACAGUUGGAUCAAUUGGGAAGACAUUCUUCAGAGUCAGAAGGAAAGUCAGGCGACUUUUAUACGGAAGAAUCUGAUGAGGAGAAUAAAACUCCAGUCCUUCAGGAAGCCAUUAGGAAAAUGAAAAAAUUGGACAAAAUUUUAGCGCAGAAGAUCUCCAAAGAAAAAGCUGUGAAAGCGAUGGGGAAGGAGCUGCAGGUGAAAAUGUGGAAAGAACUUAAGGACCUAAGGACAAAACCAGAACGUGCCGAUGAGGCUGAAAACACGCGACUUUAUUUGGCUCUAGGAUCUACUAGCUCCUAUGGCCCUAGUGAGGACGGGGAUUUUGUUCCCAUAUUUGGGACUCAGAUUUCACAAGAUGGGUAUGAUGUAGAAGAAAAGAAUCUGGAUGAAGGCAACGGAGUCCAGUGCAAAGCAACAGACUGCAUUGAAUUUGAUCUUGAGGAGCCGGUGCCAGAUCGGCCAGACUGCAGACGGAGUGGAGUCGUCGGGGCCAAGAGAAAAAAGGACUUUGUUAAGAAAAACAUAGAGCUGGUCCGGGAUGCUGGGAGCCAGGUGCUGAUGACACAAGCUGAGAAGCAGAGACUGGCAGAGCUCCUGCAAGACCUUGAGGAGUGUAACACGAGCCCUGAAGGAGAUGAGCUUCCAGGUCACCUAAAAUUGCGUGCCGUUGCCCCUUCUGUGGUUUCGUUUCACGGAAUCAAUAAAGCUUCAGCACCCUGGAGAGCUCAUCGGGUAGAUCCCACUCUGUGGGCUGUGCACGUACCUGCUGGAGAAGGUUACACCCCCGAGCCUGCAGAGCUAGACCAGUUGCAUUACAUUGACUCCAGACUUUCUCAAAUCCUUCCUGUGGAGGGCUUUCUGUCUGUGUGCAGCCCCUAUUUCUGCUGCAGUUCAUCCAAGGGCCGGGGGGCUGGACGGAGCCAUGGAGACGAGCAGCUGCCGGGAGAGAAGGUCCUCCAGGACAUAAGGGAGACGCGCGGGCAGGAGGUGCGCCUGAAGGAGAUUGAGGAGCAACUGGAACGCCUGGGUCACGAGCAGGAGAGCACACUUGGAAGUCCCCCCUUGCUGGAGGAGCAGCUCAGGACACUGCUGGAGGACUGCAUGCUGUCACUGAGGAGCGCAUCCGUCUGUGGGUCCGUGGAGGGAAACGCAUCCCCCAGGGCUGCCAGUGAUGGGCCCAGCAGACGCCUGUCCACAGACUCUUUCUGAUUGGCUGAGAAGUGGCUAUGGUGCGGCAUUGAUUCUGCAAUGAAGUAGCUCCUCCCUCAAUGAUAGUCCGGCCAGUCAGGUGAUCCUCAAGCAUCCUUAACAUACUGUUGACAAAGUUAAAGGGCAUUGCAAGGGAUAUUCAGCAUACCUACAUUCAGUACUUCAAACACACAGUCAGUAUGCCAGCUGAUCCAGUACAAGAGUGUUGGUAUCACUGGAUGAUACUUGUGGAUACAUACCUGAAAUGUAUGAAGAUUCUUUGAUAGUAAAGGUAUCCAUUGUAGUUACAUUAAAACUGAUCAUAUUUAUUAUCAGAGGAAUUCUGGAUUAGCUGGCCAAUGUUCAACUAAAAACUCACACUAGGUGAUCCGUAAAUGGCACGAGCACAUUUGACCCCCAGAGUCCAGCUUGUUGGAUUAGGGUGAUCGCCAUGCCAAGGCAUGGUACGCUGAAAUGCGCCCAGGCCUUCUUGAAGAGGUUGCCCUGGGCAUGGUUCAGUUGGACUCGGGUAAGGUAUGCAUUUAGUGUGAUCGCUAACUGUGUCAGAGCAUGGAACACAGACAUAAUGACAGUAAUGCAACUGCCACAUGCAUGCGCACAGGUACUCUAUACAUGAACAGAACCGGAACGAUCAGCUAGCCUGUGCAGAUCAGGUAUCGACAAACAUUUAACAUGGCAGCAAAGGGAUCACUUUGGCCAAUGGCAGAGGUACAGUGUUUGCUGGAAAUUUGGGCUGACAAGACUAUCUAGGAACAACUGGAUGCAACACACAAAAACCGAGAUAUCUGGAAAAAUCUUAUACGUGCAACACAAUAAAACGAACACGAUUGCAUUGAAUCCACAAUAAAUCUACAAGAGGGCCAUUUGUCAUCGUGCCCAAAAGGACUCCAAAUAAGCCACAAAAUAAGAACAUUCAUCAUGAAUUCCAUUAAAAGUGUGAUAGCACUUUUUUUCCUAUGUGUUCUUCAAAGCAAAAAGUCACACGAUGAUGAUGAAAGCAUGCUAGGAUCCAGAAUGUUAAGCACAAUGCAAGGGCAGACCAGUGGAGGAGUGGGGAGGGGGAAAGUCCUGCUCAGGCACGAUGUAAGUGAACCGGGCCAAGUGUGAGUAUCCCUUUAGCUGUAUGAAUAGUAACCUGUAAUAUACAAUUCUCAAUAAAUACUUACAAACAACUACACAGUCAAAACAAUUCCACAAGUGCUUCUUUUUUCAAAAUGUAGUCCUUAAUUUCCAUAAAAAAUGGAAUUAAGCAGGAGCAAUAACAGUUGAAAGAGGUCUGAAAGUUCCAUUUAUCUGCUAUUAUUAUUUUUCAUGGGAACUCCAUUGAUAUAGCUAUUCUGAUAAGAUUUCAUGGGGGAAACCCAAUGGGUAGAUUCUUUCUGGUGGGCUGGUCAGAGAAGGGUAAUUGGGCUGGAAGCAAUGGGGUUAUGGUGGCCAUGAUGUUCUAAGUGGCAAAUGGGAACAAAUGCAUGGUGUAACACUCUGUCAGGUGAGCCAUGCCAGUGAAAAGGGUGGCGAAGAAAUGCCCCAAAUUCCAGCCUCCACAGGUAAGUCUGCUUAUCCUAAGGAAGCAGUCAGUGGGACAAUUCUGUGGCGAAAUGCUAGUGAUCCCUGUUGUUCCUUUGGUAGCACACAGCACAAUAACAAGAAAAACACAGCCAUGUGCUUUAAUGCAUGGUUUCAAAGUGAUUAUGGUUGCUGAAAUUAUGAUCGUGAUGGAGAGAGAAUGUUAUAAUUGACUGUUAGGAAACCACUUCUAGUACCAGCUGGCUGAUCUUAAGAGCUUUGUUUGUACCUUGAGGCUAAUAGAGAACUGUUUGGAGCAUCUGGCCACAGCAGAACUGAUGCCAAGCUUGGGGGUGUCGGGUUAAUUCAAAUAAUAAUUACAUAAAGAAGGCCAUGACUGCUACAGAGAAAAAAGUUUGGCUGCUAUGACUUUAAAUGUCAUAUCUUCCCCUGCAAUAUAGUAAAAUCUUCAACAUUUAAUUCACAGGAUAAUUAGCAGGCUAAAUUUUCGUGGUAUUGAUUUCACUUGACACAGUGGUAUCUGAGGCAUUUUACUGACAUUAAGCUUUGUACUGCAUUUGUAUGUAUUCAAUGUUUAUAUAAAAAAAAGCUCUUGAAUCGCAGAAGAGCGAGACUCACAGCCUUUCCUAACUGUGUCUAGGCGCCGAAUGCCAUGACGUGAGAAGGGAGUGUUCCAAUCCUUUCUACACAAAAUCCUUACCAUUUCAUUCCCGCUAGCCUGACGUACAAUUCACAAGAGGCUGCCAAGUACUUCCCCAUCAUGCUUAGGGCUGGAUUUCUAUACUUUCCCUAGAGGGAUGUAAUUCUUACACUUGGGGGUCUCUCACAUUGUUAUGACAGCCUGUAGACAAGAGUGCCUAGAGGCAGUGUUACCAAACCAGAAUCCAAAAUCCACAUUUGUUUUCCUCCCUUUGAGCCUUUGCUUUAGCAGCUUGAAUACCUAACAUCUUGUUGCAUUUAACCAGGCAGUUCUCCUGAGUGUAACCCAGAAUGGAAUGCUUGCACUGCCUGCUGUCAGCUUUCCCUGGUAUCCUCUGUGUGUGUGUGGGGGGGGGGGGCAGAUGGGAAGGUUAUAGAGGAGCCAGUUCUGUGAGUGCAUAUGACAUGUUAGUACAAACUUCUGCAGUGAUGUUUUUGACUUGAGGUGGCAUGGAAGCCCAGUGUCUCUGUGCAGGUAAUAGGAAGCCAGACAGCAAAGCCUGCCUCUUAGAAGAAUGUGCUAGAUAAGUGAGAAAGCAUUUCCUCAGCUCCUUCAUAGUUUGUUCUCACAUGGUCUUAAAGUAAAUACUUGGUGAAUUAAACAGCCACAGCUCACCUGUGUAAUGUUGACAGUCGAACAGAUUUGGUAAAUAUGUGGCAGGGAUCACUGUGGUUUGUCGAUAAGUGCAUAAUUCUUUUGGAACUGACAUACUAUUCUCUGCGGACAUUUCUGAGAAACUAUGAGGGGUCUGAAGAGACUGUGAGGGGUCUGAAGAGACUGUGAGGAGUCUGAAGAGACUGUGAGGAGUCUGAAGAGACUGUGAGGGGUCUUUUUCCUUUUCCUAGUUGGGUGCUCUUGUGCAUUUCUGUUGGAAAAUGAUGACAUUCUCUCUGCAAAUUCUCUCUGGAGUCUAACUGUUUGUGGUCUCUCAAGUUCAAGGGCAGGAUCACUGCGAUUGGGCAUUAUUUUCAGUGUGUAAGUGUUGACAUGAUGUAUACUGAUAUAUAAUCUUUGAAGGCCUCCUGGAUUAGUUUUAGAAUAUCUGCAAAUGAUCAAAUGAACCUUUCUGUAUUUUAUUUAAGUGGUUAU